CUUCUCUGACUCUCUCGCUUCGCUCCUACCCGCCAGCCCCGCGGCCUUCUUCCGCGGGCCCGCGCAAUGGAGUUGGCGACGCGAAACCCCGGGCAGCCGAGAGCUGACGGGGGCAGCGCGUGAGGGGAAGAGGCCUGUUAAUUAACGCGGUUGCGUAGAGCCACAGGGCCUUAGAGGCUGGGCAGCGCUGGCUGCUAGAAGGCGGAGAGCUAGCCGCACUCUGCGCUCCUCUGCCAGGCUCUCAAAGAUCCGGCGGCCAGGCCUGUGCUGCCGCCUCUUCUGCGGCACACGCUGUGUAAACUUGGCCUCCUUUUUUCUGCGGGCCCCGGCCUCGCACCUGCCAGAUCGACCCAGGGCUGCGGUGGGCAGAGGUACCCUGGGGGUGGAGGGAGAGACCCGGACUGACAGCAACUACAGUGCUCAGCAAGUUUUUAUAGAGUGGUUUUUAAGAGUACUAAAGACAUGGUAUAUAGUGGUCAAAAUGAAACCAAGCAAAAAAUGACAAAUGGUCUAAUUAGUACCGGCUUCUAGUAAGCAUAUCCUCAAGCAACAUCUGUACUCAGCUCCUUGAAGUAUACUGGGAAUAUUAGCAACAAAAACACACCAGAAACAUCUGGAUAAUCAUGUAGCAACAGAUUGGCUGGCAUGUACUGGCAUUGAAAAUAUUGAUGAAGCUAUUACACUGCUUGAACAAAAUAAUUGGGACUUAGUGGCAGCUAUCAAUGGUGUAAUACCCCAGGAAAAUGGCAUUCUACAAAGUGACUAUGGAGGUGAAACUAUACCAGGACCUGUAUUUGAUUCAGCAAGUCAUCCAGUUCCAGCUCCUGCUCCUUCUUCCUCAUCGGCAUUUCGACCUGUAGUGCCAUCUAGGCAGAUUGUAGAAAGGCAACCUCGGAUGCUGGACUUCAGGGUUGAGUACAGAGACAGAAAUGUUGAUGUGGUUCUUGAAGACAGCUGUACUGUUGGAGAAAUUAAACAGAUUCUAGAAAAUGAACUCCAGAUACCUGUGUCUAAAAUGCUGUUGAAAGGCUGGAAGACUGGAGAUGUGGAAGACAGCACGGUCUUAAAAUCGCUACAUUUGCCAAAAAACAACAGUCUUUAUGUUCUUACACCAGACUUGCCACCACCUUCAUCAUCUAGUCAUACUGGUGCCCUGCAGGAGUCAUUAAAUCAAAACUUCAUGCUGAUCAUCACCCACCGAGAAGUCCAGCGGGAGUACAACCUGAACUUCUCAGGAAGCAGUACCAUUCAAGAGGUAAAAAGAAAUGUGUAUGACCUUACAAGUAUCCCUGUUCGCCAUCAGUUAUGGGAGGGCUGGCCACCUUCUGCCACAGAUGACUCAAUGUGUCUUGCUGAAUCAGGACUCUCUUAUCCCUGCCAUCGACUGACAGUGGGAAGAAGAUCCUCACCUGCACAGACCCGGGAGCAGUCUGAGGAGCAAAGCACCGAUGUUCAUAUGGUUAGUGAUAGUGAUGGAGAUGACUUUGAAGAUGCUCCUGAAUUUGGGGUGGAUGAUGGAGAAGUAUUCGGCAUGGCAUCAUCUGCCCUGAGAAAAUCUCCAAUGAUGCCAGAAAACGCAGAAAAUGAAGGAGAUGCCUUAUUACAAUUUACAGCAGAGUUUUCUUCAAGAUAUGGAGACUGCCAUCCUGUAUUUUUUAUUGGCUCAUUAGAAGCUGCUUUUCAAGAGGCCUUCUAUGUGAAAGCCCGAGAUAGAAAGCUUCUUGCUAUCUACCUCCACCAUGAUGAAAGUGUAUUAACCAACGUGUUCUGCUCACAAAUGUUAUGUGCUGAAUCUGUUGUCUCAUAUCUGAGCCAAAAUUUUAUAACCUGGGCUUGGGAUCUGACAAAGGAUGCCAAUAGAGCAAGAUUUCUGACGAUGUGCAAUAGACACUUUGGCAGUGUUGUUGCACAGACCGUUCGGACUCAAAAAACAGACCAGUUUCCACUUUUUCUGAUUAUUAUGGGAAAGCGAUCAUCUAACGAAGUGUUAAAUGUGAUACAAGGUAACACAACAGUGGAUGAGUUAAUGAUGAGACUCAUGGCUGCAAUGGAGAUCUUCACAGCACAGCAACAGGAAGAUAUAAAGGAUGAGGAUGAACGUGAAGCCAGAGAAAAUGUGAAGAGAGAGCAAGAUGAGGCCUAUCGCCUUUCACUUGAAGCUGACAGAGCAAAGAGGGAAGCUCAUGAGAGAGAGAUGGCAGAACAGUUUCGCUUGGAGCAGAUUCGAAAAGAACAAGAAGAAGAGCGGGAGGCCAUUCGGCUCUCCUUAGAGCAAGCCCUGCCUCCAGAGCCAAAAGAAGAAGAUGCUGAGCCUGUUAGCAAAUUGCGGAUCCGGACCCCCAGUGGAGAGUUCCUGGAGCGGCGUUUCCUGGCCAGCAAUAAGCUCCAGAUUGUCUUUGAUUUUGUAGCUUCCAAAGGAUUUCCAUGGGAUGAGUUCAAGUUACUGAGCACCUUUCCUCGGAGAGACGUAAGUUCCUGUGCCUGUCUUGGGAAGUGUGUCCAGGUGGGAGGUAUCCCAUGAUUAGGGUUAGACAAA